AUGACAUUCAAUCAAGCAAUAAAUGAUUUGCAAAACAAGCUAACCUGUGAAAAAAAAAAAAUAUGUGAACUAGAAACAAAAUUAGUCACAUAUGAUGCAGACAUCGAAAAGAAGAAUGAGUUGAAAGUGAGAAAAGGCAAUUUGCAACAACGGGCAGAAGACCUCGAAAUUAAGUUGAAAAAAAUGAAUGAAGAGCAACUAUGCAUGGUUAGCGCACAACAAAAAAAACUAAAAUCAAGCGAAGAAGAAGAAAGUUGUUUACGAUCAAAAAUUAACAAAGAACAUGAGUCCAAUGUAUGCAUGACUAAAAAGAUAAAUAGACUCAAAGAGAGUGAACAAAGACUUUUAACUGAAAUAGAAAAUUUGGAAAAAGUAAAAAAUGGCCUUGAAAUUGAAUUAUGUAAUGCUGAAGCCAGAGCGAACGAACUGAGCAGCAUGGUGGAGUGCCUGCGGAAGAAAGUGAAGUCCAAGGAAGAAGAACUGAGUUGCGUGCGGAGCCGGGUGUGCGAGCGGCAAGCCGAGCUGGAGCGGCUGAACGAUGCGUUCUGCCGGCUGCAGAAGGAGCUGGAAUGCAACCGGUCGAAGCUGGCGGAUGCCAAGUCGCGGGCCGCGCGGGCCGAGGAAUGCCUGACACUGGAGAAGCGUAAACUGUGCAACGAGCUGGAGGCGAAGCGGGAGGCGCUGCGAGGCGUCAAGGCGGAGCUGGCCGACGCCAAGCAGACGGCGGAGUGCGAGCGUGUGACCACGGCCCGGCUGACCGUGCUGGCCGCCGAGCAGCGAGACGCGAACGAACGGGACCAGCGGGACGCGGCGGCCCGAGCGCAGCGGAUAAACAAGGAGAACCGGGACAAGGAGGAGAGCGUGUGCCGCAUGAAGCACCAGACGACCGAGCUGCGGCGGGAUGGCGAACGGGCCGUGGCCGAAGCGGAGGUGGUCAGGGCGAAGGUGCGCGCCAGCGAGUGUCUGCUGAACAAGAUCAAGAGCUCGGAGGAUGUGCAGACCGGGCGGGACGACUGCAGACGCGAGCAGCUGGAACGGGACCGGGACACGCUGGCGUGCGACGUGCGUCAGAAGUCGAAGAAGAUCGCCAACCUAGAGCAGCAGGUGUGCUGUCUGCGGGACGAGGUCGGGGCGCUUCAGUCGUGCAAGAAUUGCUCCGCGUCGACCGCGAGCCGUUGUGUCGUUUGCGCGGCACCGUCGUGUUGUCCUCCGCCCGCCACGAAAAAGUGCCCACCGGUCCCGUCCACCACCAAAAAGUGCCCUCCGGCCUCCGUCAGCGCACCGGCCAUGCGAUUGGAUAUCUCCACGACCAAGUGUUGCUCGUCUAGCAGCUUGUCAAAUAUCUGCACCUGCAGCCUCAUGCAGUAA